GGAAUGUCAGCGACAAUAACAAUAUCCGACUGCUAAAUAUUUAUCAUUAACAAACGUUGAAAAUUCAAUAUAACUCUUCGUGGAAACUUUCUAAUAAAAUAAAAACUGACAAAAAUUCCAUCUCUCGCCUUCAAAGACAAUAGUUGAAACAACAUGGCGGCGCCUGUACACAAAAAGUAAAAUGAUGUGGCAGAACACAUCGAUUUUGUUUUAAUUCGUAAAAAUUUAUUUAGUUAGUUUUGAAAUAAAAUAACAGUGCGGUGCAAUGGAGCAAAAAAAUAGAAAAUCAUAAUGCUUCAAGAACCGUGAUAAUAGCAUACAGUAAUAUCGUUUUUAAACAUAAGUAUAAAAAAUUCUGUUCAUGUCGUUGUCGUCAUACGAAAAACACAAUCGAGUUGGUGUAAAUAAUUUAUAUAAAAACACAAAUGUGUGACAUACUACAGUGACGCCUAGGUGAAAGAAACGAUGGAGUCCGCCGGUGGCGGUCUAUCCGAACUCGAAGAUCUGACGCUGUGCAAUUGCUGCAAUUUGCCGUUCAACGAAACUGACCAAAUUCCGAAGUUGCUGGCUUGCAGACACCAUUUUUGCUUAAAAUGCAUCAACACGGUGUUAUUGAAAGGGCGCGAAUUGUACUGCAUGCAUUGUUGGAAGCGAACGGAUGAUAAACCAGACAAUAUGCCUACUUAUACCGCCGUUCUGGCGCUCACUCAGAAUUUGAGCACGCUGUCGAUGCAUUCGACGAAAGAGAAUAAACCGCACGCGCCCAAAAUGAAAUCGAACAAUACCCCAUCCGAAAAUUGUCAUACGCACGCCAUGCCUUACACGCUUUGGUGUCUGAGCUGCCAAGGACAAACCUGCAGAGCUUGCGCCACUGCACCAGAACAUUCGGGCCACCAGGUAAAACCUCAUGCGGAGGCCAAAGAAGUGCUGCGAGCAGAUGCGCAAGCUGAGCUCGCAACCAUGCACAAAAUGCUUGCAGAUAUGCAGCACUUGGUUCUGAAACAACGCGAUUUUCUAUUGAAAAUUCUCGACGCCUGUACGACCCUCAAGACUAAGGUCGAGACCGACCUAGUGAACCACACACCAAGCUACGAAUUAGCGGACGCAAGAGAUGGGCUAGGAAAAGCGAAGAUGUAUCUUAAUUUAGCCGAAACCCAAAGCCCAGCUGAUUUGUACAGACUCUUGUCUGAUCUCAGUACAGAACGGCACCGUUUACAAGCAAGAUACCAAGAUAUGUAUCUCCAAUGUAAAUUGGAUGAUCUCAUAAGACAUUCUGCAGUUUUGUUCGAUUUCGAACUCCUCAAACAAGCUCUAAGUUCGAUUCAUAAUAACGACAUAAGUGGUUUAACAAAUGGACCGCAUUGUGAUCCGAACGGACCAAAUCCUAUUUUGCUCUUAGCAAAUUAUUGUAUGUCGCAGUUAUAUUCGAGGCAUUAUCUAUCGUCAAAACAAGUUUGCCAAAAUGGUAACUCAGAGUAUUCUAUGCCUCAGAUGCUGCAGCUGCCAUCUGCACAAUCGCCAAAGCCCACAACUGCGAAUAACUACCACGGCACAGAUAACGCUAUGGCGGCUGCAGCUCAUCUGCAAGCGCUGAAAAGCGCGACUAGUAACACCCAAAGUAUCGGUUUUCCUGAGACCACCAACAAACCGGGAAGUCACUAUCUUCAUGAACAAGUGCAUUCGUCUCAAAGUUCUUUAGUUUCUCCAAACGGAGCUCAACAGCAACAACUUCAACCAAUCCACUCGCCUCAACAGCCCAUGAUUCGAAACCCUUCACACGCAUAUCCAAUAUUCUACUUUAACAUCGAAAUAAACGGUACUCCUUUUGGACGGAUAUUAAUAGAAGUUCGUUCGGAUGUCGCUCCAAAAAUGGCGAAAAAUUUCAGCCUACUUUGCACAGGUGAUUUAGGAAUCGGAUAUAAAGGUUGCAAUGUGUUCCAAUGUUGGGAAAAUGAAAGCAUAAUAACGGGUGAUUUCGAGUUGAACAAUGGACGAGGAGGACGAUCAGUAUUCGAGGAGGGCUUUUUCAUGCCCGAUGACACUAAAAUUUUAGCCAUACGAGGCAGCGUAGGAAUGCGGAGAUCACAGAAGAGGCACGAUAAUCUCGGGCUAGUCGGAUCGCAAUUCAGAAUCAUUCUCAGGGAAAUGCGCGGAUUUACUGGUAUUUUCGCAUUCGUUGUCGAAGGUCUGGAUUUAGUUGAGAGGAUAAGUCAGUCUGGUGAUUCGGCAGGAAAGCCUCAAAGCAGUGUAGUUAUAGCAAGUUGCGGAAAACUUAACUGAUCACGGUGUUCCGCCAUUGAUGAACCAUUGCGUUUUGGGAAUCAAGUAAGAUAAAUAUACGGCAAACAUUCUUUUAUCUUUUCAAUUAACUUUAUCUAAUUAUAUUUCA